GUGGCUGCUAUGCAGCAGGUGCAGCCCGAGCUCUUCCCAAGCGUCCACUCCACAAAGGCAGCGACUGGCCAAGGCAGUGGCUGGCCCUGGAUUACACAAGCGCAGACACUCCACUAAGUGAGCUGGAAGACCCAGGGCAAGGCCGAGCCUCAGGUGCCCACAUGAUCAGCACGGCCAGGGUACCUGCGGAUAAGCCAGUACGCAUCGCCUUCAGCCUCGAUAAUGCUGCAGAUGAUACGCCUCCUGAAGAGUUCAUUCCUCCGGUCUUUCCAGAAUUAGACCAGCAGCUGCAGCCUUUGCCACCUUGCCAUGACUCCAUGGAAUCCAUGCAGGUGUUCAAACAGCACUGCCAAAUAGCGGAAGAAUACCAUGAGGUUAAGAAGGAAAUCGCGCUGCUGGAAGAAAGGAAAAAGGAGCUCAUCGCUAAGCUGGAUCAAGCAGAAAGAGAAAAGGUGGACGCGGCUCAACUGGCUCGGGAAUUCGAGGCCCUGACAGAGGAGAACCAGACGCUGAAGUUGGCCCAGUCACAGUGUGUCGAACAACUCGAGAAACUUAGAAUACAAUAUCAGAAGAGGCAGGGUUCGUCCUAACUGUCAUGAUUCCAGGCGAGCAUAAGAGCGUUGCACUGUGACAAAAGGAACAUAAAAGCAAUUUCUAUGUCAAGGGCACUCUAA